AGAGGCAAGAUUUAGAGCUAGGGUUAGGAUUAGGGUUAGGGUUAGUGUUUGAUGUAUCUAAAGAAACAGAGUUUUGGAUUUGGAUUCUGAUGAAAUUGGGGAAAAUCACAUGUUUUCGUGGGUGUCUUUGAUGGAAUAUUGAGAAAGAUGGAAUUUUUUUGAGGUUUGGUUUGAGGAGAAUUGGUAAUUGAUCGAGGAAAUUGGGAGUUUUGAGGUUCGGUUGUUGGUUUUUAUGUGGCAAUGGAUUCGGAGACGAUGAGCCUGAGGAGCUCGUUGGAGGAAAUGCUGGACUCGCUGCGGCGGAGGGGUGAGCAGCCUACGGAUUUGCCGCCGGCGUUGCCCGCCCGGCCGAAUGCAAGAGGUCGCCUCCCGUUGGCGAGGCGGUCACUGCCGGUGGAUUUCAAGAUUGAGUGUAAGACGUCCAAAGGGACGAAGAAGAAGGGAGGGGAAAUAGAAGAUUGGAUUUUAAAGAAUGGCGAGGGAGCGAUCUUCAAGAAUGGCAUUUUUGGACGCAAGAGGAUCAGAGCAGAGAACCAGCCUGAAGAAUCUCCUUAUUUUGAGAUGGCUGAAGGAAAUAGGUUUAAGGGAAGGGAUGAAAAAGUGGAUGACUUGGCUGCGUCCACAUCUUCAGUUGGCCGAUCUGAUGAGAAGAUGAAGAAUGCUGCUGACUAUGUAUUGAAAAAGGAACUCAGAGCCUGGUGUUGGCUUCCAACUGGCAAGUGGGAGUUGGGAAAAGUUCAGUCAAUUUCAGGGAACAAUGCUAGAAUUUUGCUAUCUGAUGCCAAGGUUUUGACAGUGGCUGUAGAAAAUCUGUCACCAGCAAAUCCUGUUAUGCUUGAUAAUGUGGAUGAUCUGAUAAAGCUUAGUUAUCUAAAUGAACCUUCAGUACUUCACAAUCUCAAGCAAAGAUAUUCCCAUGAUAUGAUCUAUACAAAAGCCGGGCGGAUUCUGAUCGCAUUCAAUCCGUUCAAAGACAUACCACUUUAUGGAAAUGAUUAUAUGGUUGCAUAUAAACAAAAAACCUCAGACAGCCCACAUGUCUAUGCUGUAGCAGACACUGCUUUCAGUGAAAUGAUGAGAGUCGGAACUAGUCAGUCAAUUGUUAUCAGUGGCGAGAGUGGCGCUGGAAAAACGGAAACUGCAAAGUUUGCAAUGCAAUAUCUUGUUGCAGUUUGUGGGGGCAGUGAGAUAGAAUGUGAAGUUUUGCAAACAAGUUGUAUUCUUGAAGCAUUUGGGAAUGCAAAAACUUGUAGAAAUGAUAAUUCUAGUCGAUUUGGGAAGCUGAUUGAAUUACAUUUUAAUCCUAGUGGAAGAAUUUGUGGUGCUAAAAUUGAAACAUUUUUGCUUGAGAAGUCAAGGGUUGUUCAGCAAGCAAGAGGGGAAAGAUCAUUUCAUGUUUUCUAUCAACUUUGUGCAGGGGCUCCUCCCCUUCUGAAAGAACAGUUGAAUCUAAAACCUCCCUAUGAGUAUGAGUAUCUCAAACAGAAUGAUUGUUUGACCAUUGAUGGUGUUGAUGAUGCUAAAAGAUUUCAUAAAUUGAUGGAAGCCUUAGAUAUUGUUAAAAUUAGUAAGGAAGACCAAGAGAAGGCAUUUGCAAUGCUUGCAGCUGUUCUAUGGUUGGGUAACAUUGCUUUCACUGUAAUUGACAAUGAAGACCAUGUGGAAAUCAAUAUGAGUGAAGGUACUGCUUUUGUUUGUAUGUAG